GACCCUGGAAGUUCUCAACACCAUACCGGCUACUGCUACUAAGCUUUCAAACUUUGGUUUACCGUCACCUACAGCUGGUCUUAGAGGACAACAAGUCGAUUCUGCAUCUUAACUUGAACGACAUGUCCGGAGUACCAAGGAAGAUCCUGAUGCUACACGGGUACUCCCAAAAUGCGAUUAUUUUCAGUAAACGCCUGGGAGCACUCCGCAAGUCUCUUGGGAAAGAGAUCGAACUGGUAUUUGUGGAUGGACAAACUGUUCUCCACCCCAUUGACCUUGUGGGCUUAUCGUUCCCGACGACAUCGCUGGAUGCUUUGGGAGCGCCUGAAGCUUCUGCAGCAGAUUCAGAUCCCUCCCUCACACCACGGGCAUGGUGGAGGUCUAACCCAGAACGAACAGUGGCGCAUGGGUUAGAUGAAUCUUUGCUUAUGCUUAAAGAAGUAUUAAAGCGCGAUCGGUUCGAUGGUGUCUUUGGUUUCAGUCAAGGGGCAGCCAUGGCAGCUCUGCUUGCAGCUUUGCUCGAAAGACCUCACUUGUACCCUCCAUUUCUUGUCGAUGGUCAACCUCUCCACCCACCGUUCCAAUUUUGUGUUUCGGUAUCAGGGUUCAGGGCACCCGGAGCCCUCAGUGCUGAAGUUUUCAGCUCGCCUUUCUCCACCCCAACAGUUCAUGUCAUUGGCAGGACAGAUUUCAUAGUCACAGAGGAGCGAUCUAAAGUGCUACUUGAACUUUCCACUAACGCAAGAAAAGAAGAACAUGGCGGAGGGCAUUUUGUGCCUUCAAAGGCUAACUGGAGGAACUUCUUCCGUGACUACUUCCACAACCCAGGAGGGAGCGUCGCCUCCCCUGGAACUUCGUCAGUGACAAGUUCCGGUGCAGCAACUCCAAUGACCUCUGAUCCCGCGAACGGCCCAAAUGCCAACCUGUGAAGCACCUAGAAACCCGUUCUGCAGUAGAUUAUUAGAGAAUGCUCAAAUCGACUGUAUUUUUACAAGACUGACCACUAUCAUCCAGAUGCCACUCAGCAUAUCAUCCGUCCUGGACUCUUCACUAUGUCGCCCGAUCAGAACCAGCGUGAUUCUCAGCUUAGAUUAUGUUUGUAUGUGUGGGCGAUAACAUAAAUCCUGCACUACAAUCCAAUGUUUACGUGUUAUAUUCGUGUCCCUUGGAGUCAGAAGGAUCGGUGAGGUACACCGGCCCGCCACAGAACUUGGGGUGAACAAGGUUCUCCAAGUCGCGCUCGGAACUUGGCUUGUAUUCUGGUUGAAUGUGAACAGCAGGUUGACCGUUGUCUCGGGAGGACGAAAAAGAUAUUUUAUUGGUAAGGACCGAUACGAAUUGGAUAUGCUGACGGCACUAUGGCUAGUAUAACCCUAGAAGUUUUUUUUUUC